CCCGGUAUAAACGGCAUGGCCUAGCUAGCUAGCUGAAGGCUCGAGAUCUAAUCAUCGAGUAGCCUCGAGCAUUCUAAUCACCUGUUACCUGGACACACGGUAUUUGCCGUCUUUGAGCACUUGCCCUUCAUCCUCACUGACUGGCUAUCGACAUUGAAGGCCACUGUCAGUUUCGUAUCGAACACAGCGGUGACUGUUUCGAGUAUUCACUGGCCUCUCAGUGCUCGGCUCAAAAUAAAAACAUGAUCGAUCCUGGCCGACACUGUUUGAAUCUGAGUCUGGCUUCGAUACCCAUCGAUCCCAAAGACGCUCCUCGAGAUCUCGCUGCUGUGAAACAGAAGAAGACUUGGCCCAAAUCUAGCCCGUUAUUACGACAGAGGUGGCCAAAUCAUCGACCGACUGAAGAUCUACGAUGGGCAAGACCUCACGGAACUUCCGAGGGGUCCGGGCAGGAAUCGAUCGAUGCGAGCGAAGAUGAAAGCACUUCCACCAUAUGGGAUGUUCCAGAGGAUAGAUAUCUCUUAGAGUCUACUCGACAGCGUGCGACUCGCAAGUUAGGAGAAGCUAGCCAACAACGGUUCGAUGCUCGGCCGAUCGUUAUCAACUGUCGCGACGACAGCGCCUUGGACCGACUCGUCGCUGCAAUCAAAGGAGAGGAUGGGAGAGAGCCCCUCUUUGCUGAAUAUUGCAGAGCUGUGGAUGCCGCUGAAGAUGCAGAAUCAAAAUCAAAAUCGGAGGCGGAAUGUUUCGACAUCUUUUGCCGAAAGGCCAACAUCGGCGGUACUACACUCGUCGGCGAAGGAUACAAGAAUCUGUUCAAAUACAACGCCUCGCAACCUCUUGCCAGGAACCCCGAGGUGGUUCUCGAUACUGCUCACGGCGCAGACGAUUGGGAUGAUACGGGAUAUGAUGUCACGCCUAAUCUUCUCCUUCUCGACAAAGGCGAUCCCAGGGGAGACGUCGGAUUCGGCUCUGAAGAGGAGAGUCAACAUCAGAAACGUCACCAAGAGCCGACUUGGCGCGAAGUCAUAGGUGCAGGAGCGGUCAGAAUGGAACAGACCUCCGAUAUGUCGACCGUUGGUAAAGACGCAACUCCGGCGCUUCAGUUGUUGAAGUCCCUCACCACGCUAGCCCGCAACCAUCCGAUCACCGGUAGGUCUUGUGGAUUCACCCUCUGCGGGCGCUUCCUCCGCAUGUUCGUCUCGGACAGUCUUUCUUUCGCCACUACGCUGUUAUGCGAUCUCGCCGACCCGGACCAUGCCGUCGACAUCGCCAAGAUUAUCGCGUUCUUCACGGGACCCAAGGAGAAUAUUAUCGACACGUUCGAACCGCCAAGGAAAUCGUUCAAGAUCCGGCCGCCUGGCUCGGAGGUGAUCGAAGAAUGGCAUUGGAGCAACUCUCCAGAAUCGCCCGAGAACACCCCACUCCCGAACCCGCUUUGGAAAAUGCUCGAAGUCCGCAACGAGUUGUGGGGUCGGCGCACAGCUGUGUUCGCCGGGUACGCUCGCAAGGGAAACGAAGGACCAGAGACGGCCAUCCCAAUCGUCAUGAAAUGCGCAUGGCUGCCGGCUUAUCUCAAGGAUUACGAAAGCAGGAUCCUGGAACACAUUCGAAAGGCGCUUCAGGAGCCCAUCGAUCACGAAAAGUACCCGUUCUUGGAGGAAGCCCUGAAGUUUGUCGAUCCACGAGUCAUCGACUGCAUCCCGCGAUCGCUUGGUGUGCUGCAGGACUGCGACCGCGUUUCUCGACUUGUUUCGCCCAUGAACGGGAUCGAGGUAGAGGAUGGAACUGAAAAGGACGAGGAUGAUCAGGUGCGCCUAGAACUCUCCGUCUUGUGUACGACUGGCCCGCACGGCGAGCGGGUGCCGACCACAAAAGGAUCGAAACUAUCUCUAAAAAACCAUUGCGAGAUACAAUGCGGCGUCUUCGAAACGAUCUUGAUCAUCUCGUGCUGUGAUGUCCAUUAUCGUGAUCUCAACAUCGGCAACGUUCUCUUUGUGGUCGAUCCGAUUCCAAGCAAUGACAAGAAGGGCAAAAGUCGACAGGCUGCGGGAAAGAUCACGGGGUAUCUGAUCGAUUACGGGAACGCUCGAAUCCUCAACAAAAGGCGCAAGCGGUCCCCCCCUGAGCUCUCGGAUCCGGAGGCCCCAAAGGCGCGUCUAUGCCUUGACGAUGCCAGGUCCAUCAACGCGUACUUUGUAUGCACAACCAUGUUGAAGGUAUUAAAGCUCGCAACCAAAUUUCGUAAACAAUGCACAAUCGCACGGUCCAAGGAGGUCGCGAUGCGAUCCGAAGACCCGAAAGAGUCACAGCUGGCUACAGAGAACUGGAAGUUGGCCAUCGACCAGCAGAAGUCCAUCGCCGAACAAAUCGCGAACUUGCCUCAUCGGUAUAUCGAUGACAUCGAAUCUGCGUUCUACGUGCACAUCUAUCAAGUAGCCAAGGUCGUCGGCGCACGCGAGGGGCAUCAAGCCGAAAUCUUCCGCUUACAUGAACGCGACAUCAAGAAAGCCGCCUGGAGUGAAUCAUGCGAAAUGCUGUUGCGGGGGUUAAACAACCUUGUUAUGCCAUGGCUCUACCUCGAGUGCGACCACGCUAAGGAUGUCCGCAACACGCGCGCCAAGAUUGACACUCAAGCGCUUGACGGAAAGCUGGUGCAAGAAGAGUACGAUUGCUUCGUGAGGCGUAUUGACGCUGUCCGUAAAGCAAUUCCGAACCUUCCCGACGAAGUCUUGCUGCGUGGUGCAAGCUGGAGAGACAAGCCGGCUCAACGCGAGCCAGGGAGUCCCAGUCCGGCACCCAACCCCAAACGCGCUCGGCUCAAUUCGUCGGUCCGCAAGUAGGUCUCGGCCUGAGAGACUCUCCUUGCAAUCUCUCUUUCGUCUCGGUUCACCGGAUCACCAAACGAUCUCCGGACUGCUCCUCCCCGAUAGUCUCCUUUUACGCAUCUACACCGUCUCCCAUCACUUGGGCUCUGGACGACAUACGGACUUUUUCUGCGAUGGUCCCCUUUUACGCACCUUUACGAUACGACCUUUGACCAGCGAGCUCAUAGAGACUCGACGUUCCCAGAGAGAUCCGCUUUUGGGCAUUCCGUAUUACUUUACGCUGUAUUCUAUAUGAUACGUUUCACAUGUCAUCCAUACCCUCCAGCCGU